AUGUCGACGAGUCCGGCUGCAUCGCAGCACGGCAUGGUCGACCCUCUCGAGUCAAUGCUCGACUUCUCUCAGUAUGACGACGGCAACUAUCAAUCGCCCUCGCUGUCCCCGGCCAACGGAAAGGCUCCCUUCACCAGACCGACGACAACUGCCACCACCCAGGGAACACUGCUACCACCAGCUCAGCCGAUGAACGGCCCGAGCCAUCAAUAUGAUCUCUACAAGCAGCAGACCGGCAUCGUCCCCGGUGCCCUGGCGAACACGCUGGCCGUGAACCAGAACAAUACUCAGGUCCCCGGCUACUCCAGCUUCGACAUCGACUCCUAUCUCGGCAUCGAGAACCAGUUCGAUUUCAACACCUCGCCGUCUCAGAACACUAUUGGUACCUCCGAGAUGGAUAUGGAGUUCGACUCGCCGGCUGCCGAGCCCAACUUCUUCUUCCCCGAGCCCACCGUUAACCCCAACGCCAUCGGCGGCCAGGAGUCAAGCCUACCAUCGCCUCCGGUCAUCCCGACCCAGACUACCAACGUCGGCCGCAUGUGGCCCGGUAUGCAUCAGCAAGCUGCCCUUGCCAAGGCACAGGCCCAGCAGAGACAUCAGCAGCAGAUCAUCCAGCAACAGCACCAGCAGAGGCAGAAUGCCCAGGUCAAGCAGCAGAGACCCAAGGGUGCUCAGCCAUCCGACCCUAUCGUCGAGCAGAAGAUCAGCCAGUUGCUAAACUCUAUGCGCAACAAGCCCUCAUCAGUUGACGGUCAGGGCAACGUUCCUCUAUUGCAGGUUCCCCGCCCGAGAAAGGACGAGGAUGACAUGGAUGAGGACGAGAGACUCCUAGCUAGCGAGGAAGGCAAGAAGCUCAGCAGCAAGGAGCGUCGUCAACUCCGGAACAAGGUUUCCGCCCGCGCUUUCCGAUCAAGGAGAAAGGAAUACAUCACUCAACUUGAGUCCGAGAUUGCCGGCAAGGUCACCGAGAACGGCGAUCUCCGUGCACAGAAUCGUGCUCUUAUUGACGAGAACAAGAGACUGUCCGACUUGACUCGCAUGCUUCUCUCGUCACCAUCAUUCUCAGACUUCCUGGACCGCCUCAGCUCAAACCCUGCUCAGAUUCCUCAGACUCAGCCCGCGCCACAGGUGGAGCAGAGGCAAGAGCCUCGCCAGCCUAAGGAUGUCAACCCGUAUGGUGGUCAGCAGCAGAUCGGCAUGGCCAUGAUCCCUGAGCAGGCUAUGGAUUUCUCCAUGCUCAGCCUUGACACCGAUGCCUUCAACUUCCAGCCACAGGUCUACUCUGUAAUCGAGACCCCUGAUGUCCCAGCCCUCGACGCAUCUGUCCUCUCAGGCAAGACUUCCAACUUUGUUGGCGAGCACUUCGACUCUGAGGAUGAGAAGGUUGAGAUGCCAGUUAUCCAGCGCCCAGCUCCAGUUGAGGAGAAGGUCAUUGCUCCUGCCGCCCCGGUCAUCAUUGACGAGGAGUUCGAGAACGAUCCCGACUAUGCUCUGUACCACGGCACUGCUGCCACCUCUCCAGCUGUCGAGUCUAAGGAGCUCGUUGAACUCGACACCGACAGCCUGUCGCACGUCGAGAUCUUCGGCGGUGUUGAGGCUGAGAAGGUGCUCGCGCGGUACGAACUCGUUGAUGCUACAGAGGAGGAGGCCACGGCCGCCAUUGCCAUGGCACGCGUACAACAGAUCAGCUCUCGCCUUGACUCGAUAUGUUCGAGGUUAGAGAUGCUCACUGUUGACGUAUAA